AUGAGAGCAUCCAUCCUGUCUGCUGGCCUCGUGCCAGUGGUCGUGAUCCUGCUCGCUAGCAUCUCUGCAGCUGUGGCUCAGAUUGCGGGCGUGGAUCAUCGCCAUGAUGGUGAUGCUGGCCAUUUCAAGGUCUUGGGCCCUCGAGCCGCCAACUAUGGUGAGCCCAGCGACUACGGCUACUAUCCUCCUCCUCCCUAUGGAGAAGAGACUUCGACGGCUUCUGUUACCACUACGACCAAAUCUGGCCCUUACUCUCCCCCUGCUGAGUCUUCCUCGGGCACGGCGUCUAAUGUCACCACCAAGACCAAAACGGAGACCUUUUUGACGACUCUGUCUGGUCAUUCAGCCAAUUCAACCAGCACAAGAGUCUCCUCCAAAAGCGAAUCGUCCACCUUUGUGGGAACAGUGACUGCUUCCACCACGGAUAAUCAUCGCUCGUCAGCGGAGACCAAGGUGUCAUCAACCACGGAGUCGUCUCUUGGCCAAACAGUCUUGACAAUUACCGUGUCGUUGCCUACUACCACAUUCGUUACUGCACAGACUGUUCCGAUUGAAUCUAGCCAUACUGGUAAUUCCUUCUCCUCAACUGAAGUGACGUCGGCUUCAAGCACUUCAUCGGGGACUUUUACCAAUUCAACCAAGUCCUCAACCGGUGAGGAAUCUGGCACUGUCCGGCCUGUAUCAUCUACGUCUUCUCCUUCUAGUUCUUCGUCAGCCGUGUUUACAACCUCUCCGUUGCCCUCGACGCUUUCAUCGAGCACAUCAACAGGAAGGUCAUCGUCCAUUCAGUUGACUGAGAAUGGAACCGUGACGAUAACGACGAUUGGAAUUACCGUGACCAAGCCAGCAUCUGAAUUACCCACUCAGUCAACCUCAUUGGGAUCCAAUGUGACUUCUCCCAUUGGUUCAUCUGGUUCAACUGCUUCAGAGAGCUCGUCAUCCUCUGGCUCUUUGGUGACCACUGCUUCAAACGGGACACUGACCUUGACAUCUGUGGUUACUUCACCCGCCGGUACUACAACGUCGGACCACGGUAUCACAAGCGUCGUGAAUGGAACUGUCAUCACAGUCACCAUCUCUGAGGCACCCACCGGUACCACCUCGUCAACAGCCUUGUCCAACACAUCGUCCUCUCUUAUUAGCGGUUGGCCCUCCUCAAGCGGCCCAUCAGUUGCUACUUCGACCUACCGGUUCACCAACUCGACUGUGACCGUAUCUCCCUCGAGUAUAAGUGGCACAGGAUCUCCGUCAACCAGCGUUACCGAAGCUACACUGUCGUUGACACUGACUUUGUCAGGCACCGUAUCACCGUCGGCAUCUACUGCUCAAUCAGGGACGUCUACUCUGCCGGUUACAGGUAACCAGACGUCAGUUACCCUGAGCACGACCACUGGUGUCACGGUAGUUCAGUCCAACGUCACAACAAUCUUGCCGACCACAUCGGUUUCGUUAAACUCAUCUGUGGCAGCAUCGGUUACAUCUGUGCCUGUGAGUGCGUCGACAUCGCAGGUCGGUAACGGCACUGUUGUCUCUACCGUCAUCUCGACUAUUCAGACGAAUGGCUCCGUGGGAAGCACCUCGUCUUCCUCGAUUCGUCCAACCGGCACUGGGGCGACUCUGACACUUUCUGGCGAGAUUCGGUCGUCUUCAACAGAGACAUGGAGCCAGUCUGCAUCAUGGACCAACACAACAUCUACUGUGACUGCGACGGAGGCACCAUCGAGCCCUCAGUUUACAGUAUCUACUCUUCCGUUUACGCUCAACUUUACCACCAUUGUCCAGACGCUGACGGGCACUGCUCCUUCCGGCUCGUCUGUCUCUUCGAGCUCGGGAAUACCCACUGCGACCUUGACCUUUUCAAAUGUUGUGUCCACUACAGGGUCUCAGCUUCCUGGGAACACAACUUCUGCGGACCAGACAUUUUUUACCACUCUCACUACCAUCAUUUCGGGCUCGGGCUCUGCCAAUUCGACGGUGACUGGUCAACCUUCGGGGACUGUUGUGAUCAUUACCGUUACUCCGGGCGUCUCUUCGACUGGUAAUUACUCUGGUAGCUAUUCUGCCACUUCAACCGAAGCAUCGCAAACCAGUCUCAAUGCCACCACGAAGACGGUAACCCUGAGCCAGCCGCCCUUUGGCAAUACAUCUUUGUCAUCCGGAGGGCAAGUCGUGACUACAACAGUCUGGAACACCGCGCCGACAGUGUCGCAGUCAAUCAUCUCAAGUCAUUCAGUGUCCUCCACCUGGAACUUUAGCCAAUCAAGCACCCAGGAAACAUCUCGCCCAUCCGUCACGCAGUCUAACACGACUUGGCUAUCGUGGACCAGCGUACCCACAGAGACGCCUGGUUCUGGCAGCCCGCCGUUCCCCACGGCUCGCAAUUCCACUGGGACUAUAUCAGGCACUGUUGUGAAUCCCAGUAGCUCGGGUUCAGCAGCGCCCAGUGUGAUCACAGUCACCAUCAGCCCUCUGCCAGCAACCAAUUCUACUUCUGGGUGGAGUUCACAACCGACAACCAGUGCCGGAAGUCUGACGUGGUCGUUUACCAACUCUUUCAACUUGUCUACGAUAUGGCUCACAACUGGUGCUCCAUCGGGCAGUUCGCCAUCUGUCUCGGUCAUCACAGUCACCAAGUCCAACACUGGCUCGCCAGUCGGAACAGCCAGCUCUAUCCCUCUCAGUACCUGGUCUGUCAGCACGACGCAGUCCAACUCGUCUACCCAAUGGAGUGGAUCGACUUUGCCCGCGCCGUCCUCAUCUUGGACAAACACGUCUUCCACACCAGCCUCUUCAACGUUGGUAUCAAAGACGGCAACCAGUCCGAUCAACGAGACAGCUAGCCCGGUAAUCAUUACCACCACUGUUACUGGCAAGACCACAGCCCAAACCACCGUCUUCACAUCAUGGCUGACAACAGGGCCCGGUGGCUCCACAAGCAGCUCCGGCCCAGCAGUGUCUCAGGCCGGCAAUUUUACCGUUAUAACAGUCAUUCAAAACGGAACAUCGGUGGUUUUGACAACUGGAUCCGCUCUUCCAUGGUCGACGACUUCAGUAUCUUCUGGAGUUGGCACUUUGUCGACACAAGCACCCAGCAGCGGACCCAUUUGGACUAACAGCACACGGGUGUCUCCGUCUUCCACUGCCUCUGCCGUAUCCACCACAACGACGACACAGUUGGUUACUGUAAUCGUAUCUACAUUGACGGUAGGAGCUUCUGCCUCUGCUUCGGGAUCCAACGCAACGGGGAUCGAGAGUACCAUUACCAAGACUCUACCGCUGUCCACAGCAGGAUCAUCGGCUCUUUCUGGUACCAUCAUCUCAUCAACAUCCUCUUCAUUGGAGACAAAUGAGACUCAGAUCGUCACGACUGUUAUCCAGACGGUACCUGCACCGCCAACGACUGCCACACGCUGGAUAAACACCACCAUGACGACUGAGCAUGAGUCCAGCCAGACUGGUAGCGUACUUAUUACAACGCUCUACCUUAACAGCACUACGGCAACGCCUCCUUGCACUCACUCGUGGGUGUAUCCGUACCCCAAUAUCAGCGACAGCACAACCACUUGCACUCGAUUCCCAAGCGGCAAUACGACAAUGACUCGCUGCUGGGCAGUGCCGUUGACAACCGGGGUCCCAGAGUCGUCACUCCACCACACUCCGCUAUAUACGUCUACCUGCAACACAACUAGCACGGCAAACGGCACCAUGAUUGGGAACGGAACAUUCACCAGUACCACUCGAAGCAACUCGUAUCCGUACCCAUUCCCGACGACAUUUGAGACUUCGACCACGGCAAAGGGCCAUGAAUCUGGCUCGCGCGGCUUUGCCUAUCCCGUGCCAACGGAGCCGGUGCAGGAAGAGCAGCUGCCUCCCAACCCGAGUUACCCCUGGGGUGCCUCGUCGCCGCUGCACCGCCACCAGAACGUGACGAGUUUCACCGACGGCCUGUUGACUCGCGGCGGUGAGCUUGUGGACUGGAGCAAGAUGGCAGCGAAUCGCCUGCGGGCUCUGUUCAAGAAGACUGUCGAUGGUGAAGGUGAGGAAUGA